AUGGAGAGCAAGUGGAGAGUGAUCUUUUCGGUGAUGCUGAUUGCGAGUUUGAGCAUCGCUGAUUGUGUAAAACAAAGCCUGGCGGCAGAAGGGCAGCAACCGCAACAACUUCCCGGUAUUCCUGGACUCUUUCCGUUCCCACCUGGUGUUCCCGGUUUACCAGGUUUCGGUUUACCCGGUUUCGGUUUUCCGGAUUUGACAAAGUGCGGGUCGACGUUGUUCAACAUCCCAGGAUGUUUGUUGCAAAUAUCAACAUCAAUCUUCACCGGACAAUUCGGAAAUGUCGGAAUUCCAUGUUGCAAGGAGCUUUUGGAUUUAAGUGAAAAUUGUUUACCAUCCAUGUUUCCUCUUAACCCGUUUCUUCCACUUCUCAAGAGUAGUUGUUCAAAGGCCGUGGCGGCUCCCCCUGCUGCAAAGUAG